AUGAUCUUGGGUUGGGGAUUGCCGGGAAUACUAGGAACAAGUGUGACUACAAAGAAUAAUUGGAGUAGGAUGAUUGUGGAAGAGCUGGCGAUGUCUUUAGCAGUCCCAUGCCUAGCAUCAAAAAAUUUCAUUAAUCUUCUCAAGCCUGCAAUUCAUGUAGCAGUUACAUUGUUAAAGCUGCCGAAGGUUCUUGAGUGGAUGAGAUCGGUGUUUGAUGAUUCUUGCAUAUCUGGCAUCAUUCAAAACCUUGCAGAAAAUAAUUUGAGCACAGAGAUUGUACUUUUAUUUCAAGCUCUAUUGAAGUCUGAGCCUGCAGAAAACAGAAGUACACUGACAACAGUCAAGAUGAAAGUGCAAAAGAGCAUAAAAAAUAAAAAGGCGGUCGCCAUCCUGGACGACAUGGGAGAAGUUUGUGAGUAUCUCAUUCUCUUGAUGUUAUCCGAGUCUUGUCUAGACAGGGAUUCUGGAGGAUUAAAUUUUGGGGACGAGAUUGUUAAAAGUAACAGAGGGCAGCUAAGAAAAUCAUUUAAUUUUCUUUAUUAA